UUCAAUUCAACAUUGCUUAAUUCAGCCCAACUUCAAUUUACCUUUGUAUAUACGUUUACACUUCAUUUGGGUUUUCCUUUAUUACGCUUUAUCUUCCCACUCACAACAACAAUUUUCACAUUUAAAAAUGCGCGGUGCUGAUGUCAGCAGAGAUCCUUGCCCCUGGGUUAUUCUCAACGAUGCCGGAGGCGCCUUUGCCAUGGGAGCGAUCGGUGGUGGAACUUGGCAUUUUAUCAAGGGCGCGCGUAACUCUCCCUUUGGCGAGCGGUUCCGCGGCGGUGUGAAUGCUAUGCGGUCUCGUGGUCCCAUCAUCGGUGGUAACUUUGCUGUCUGGGGUAGCAUGUUUUCGUCUUUUGAGUGCGUGCUCAAGGGCGUGCGACAAAAGGAGGAUCCCUGGAAUUCAAUUGGAUCGGGUGCGCUCACUGGUGGUGUGCUUGCCGCUCGCGGCGGCUGGAAGGCUGCUGCUGUGUCGGCAGUAUUUGGAGGCGUGCUUCUGGCGCUUAUUGAGGGCGUCGGUAUUGCCAUGAGCCGGGCAUUUGCCCAGCAGCCACCUGCCAUUGCGCCGCCGCCACCAUCGCAAUAAGCAAGGCGGAGAUGAAGAAGAUGAUCGGAUGUACGGAAGUAUUUAUUGCAGCAGACGCCAAAGUCGAAUUCGAGGGUUGCGGCAUUUUGUUACAUUUUUUGGCGUGCUUUGGGCAGAUC